AUGGGUGGCCAUCCACGAGCUAAUGAUUCUGACACGAAGACGAGAGCGAUCUUUGUAUUAGCGGCGAAGAAGGCGCCAUACCUAGUAUAUGGCAAUCCAUUCUACGAUCAUGCUGGUUUCAUCAAUGUGCAUAGUGUCGACUCUGAAGGAUCGCUAAAGGAGAAUGUGCAAAACGCUGAGCUGGACGAACGAUCGGCUGUGCAUGGCAUGGUGUUCGAUCCUGAGGAAGAGUAUCUGUAUUCGGCUGACAUGUGGGCGAACAAGAUCUGGUGCCACAAGAAAGACACGAGCACUGGGCUUCUCACGUUAGUAGGAGCCAUCAAUGCACCAUCGCCGGGUGAUCAUCCUCGAUGGGUCGAAAUGCAUUCCUCAGGCCAAUACCUAUAUGCUCUCAUGGAGGCUGGAAACCGCCUUUGCGUCUACACCAUAGACCCAAAGACCCAUAUGCCUGUCUACACAGAAGAGAACUUUCCACUCAUACCACCCGGCAUGGACGGCUUUCAUCCCAAAAUGUACCGCUCUGAUGUCGUUUUCAGCUCAUCAUCUGGGAAGUAUUUGUUUGCCACAUCUCGAUCGAACAGUCCGAAGCUGACCGGAUACAUUGCUGCUUUCAAGCUCGGUACUCAGGGCAAGGUCGAGAGGCAAAUAUGCUUGAACCCUACUCCGACCAGUGGUGGGCAUAGCAAUGCAGUGAGUCCAUGCCCGUGGAGCGAUGAAUGGCUGGCUCUGUGCGAUGAUGAGCGAGGGUGGGUUGAGAUGUAUCGAUGGCAUGAUGAGUUUCUGGGUCGGGUGGCGCAUCUGGACAUUAAGGAGCCAGGCUUUGGCAUGAACGCUAUAUGGUAUGAUUGA